UCUGCACAGACUGUCAACUACCAUCAGCGGAAUACACAGCAAGCACUCACAUAGAUCUACCAAUAUGUUCAGAAUUUCAGGGACAAGAAACAUCAAAUCAGGAACUUUCUUGCUGUUGGGAUCCCUCAUCUUUGUUGUUUAUUUCUAUAAAGAUUCUACUGACCCAAACACCAUCAGCCUGCAAGUGGAUUGGAGAAAUAAUCAUGAACGAAUUAAAUCACCCACCAAAAACAACACUUAUGUAUACUCCUGGCCAAGUUGUCAACAAAAUAUGUCUGCUGCCAACAUCUCAGGCUUCAGCUCUCUUCCUGCUGGUAUACAAAACUUUCUCUACUAUCGACACUGUCGUCAUUUCCCCAUGCUCCUGGACGUUCCUGACAAAUGUGGAGGAGUUGAUAAAUCUGCAGACAUCUUCCUUUUACUGGUCAUUAAAAGCUCCCCUGUGAACUACGAACGGCGAGAGGUGCUGCGCAAAACCUGGGCUAAAGAGAGGUUACACAAUGGUGUGUGGAUCCGGAGGAUCUUCAUCUCAGGAACGAUGGAUUCUGGAUUUGAGAAAAAAAGACUGAACAAACUGCUUGAACUGGAGCAACGUGAGUACAAUGACAUCCUCCAAUGGGACUUUAGUGACACAUUAUUCAACCUCACCCUGAAGCAGGUACUCUUCCUCGAAUGGAUGGAGAGAAACUGUCCGAAAGCUCGCUUCCUGUUAAAUGGUGACGAUGACGUUUUUGCCAACACAGACAACAUGGUUGAUUAUCUCCAGAGCCUCAAGGACAAUGAUGGAAGCAAGCACCUGUUUUCUGGCCAUUUGAUCCAGAAUGCAGUACCAAAGAGAGGGUCACAGAGCAAGUAUUUCAUCCCAGUUCAGGUACAGGAGUCAGAUUCAUAUCCCCCCUACUGUGGUGGUGGGGGGUUCCUCCUGUCUGGACAUACAGCUUUGGUCAUACACAACAUGUCCCAGUCCAUUACCAUUCUUCCCAUUGACGAUGUUUACAUGGGGAUGUGUCUGGCCAAAGCAGGACUGAGUCCUGUUUCCCAUAUGGGUGUGAAGACGCUGGGAUGGUACAUUCCCUCCAGCAAGCUAGAUGCACAUGAUCCUUGCUAUUAUAAAGAACUUUUACUGGUUCACAGAUUCCUUCCAUCUCAUAUAUAUCUAAUGUGGCACAGAAUACAUGACCCCAAUCUGAAAUGUGGUGCCUCAAAAAAAAUACUUUCACAGGACAAAGCUGUAAAUUAUAAGUGGUAGAAGAGCUUGUUGAUGCAAUGCUUCCUGCAGGAAGUACAGGAAGUACAAAAUACUUCCUAGUCAUGUUUGUUUUUUGUUGAAUGAUAUAUUGUUUAUGUAACUUAUAUGCUGUUAAUUUGCAAACUGUACUGAGAAGAAAGAGCUACUGAACACUGAAUAGAUUCCCCCAAGAAGAUGAUUUAUUGAGGACAAUUACGAUGUUUCAACAUCACGUCUUCAUCAGGUAAUAUUUCACAGGUGACCAAGAAGGUCCAGUGAUGGUCUAACACAGUUACUGUGAUUGUACUUAAUAAACCAUCUUUUUUUUUGGAGAUGCUGUUUUGUCCUUCACACCUGCCAUCAUUAUGGUGCCAGGGAACACUAACUUGAAUCACUGAAAUACUAUAUUUAGGCAACAUUCUUGUACAGCUGGUGCAGGGCUAUUAGAUAUAUAAAAAGAUAUAUAUAUAAUAUAAUUAAAAAGAAACAUUAUUAUAAAAUCUCAGGGUUUCUCAGACCUGAAAAUGUCAUGUUAUGUGAUUCUCUGCUGACAUUCACAGGUUUUUAUUUCUGAUAAUGUAAUAAUGUAGUGCCCUACAUUAGUGCUUCUGAGACAGUAACUAUUGUUGAGACAGUGUAAAAACAAGUUUUUUUGAGGACUGCAAGAGUUAUCAAACUGUAGUCACAAUCAGGUGUCACUGAUCUGUGUUUGAUGUGUAAGUCCUGUAAAUGGUUUGGUCUUAUUAUUGCACAAAAGUUGUUUUUUAGACCUUAUGUCUGAGUUCACUAUUCAUAAUUGUGAUGUCUUAUGGAAAGACAUUGUUUGGGUGUACAGUGUUUUCUAGUGCUCUGUGGGUGCCAGUAAUCUUCUCUUCAGACCAUUCAGUGCCUUAUAGAGACUUAAGUGACACAUUCUACAGCCUCACCUCGAAGCACAUACUUUUCCUGGCACCAAUGGAAAGAAACUAUCGCUUCCUGCUAAAUGGUGAUGAUGAUGUUUUUGCCAACACAGACGACAUGGUCAAGUAUCUCCAAGGUCUCAAGGACAAUGACAGAAGCAAGCACCUCUUUACCACUCACUUGAUCCAGAAUGUGAGAUCAUCCCCUCUACUGUGGUGGUGGGGGCUUCCUCUUAGCUAUACAGCUUUGGUCAUACUCAACAUGUCCCAGUCUGUUACCAUUCAUCCUACUGACAAUGUUUACAUGGGGAUGUGUCUAGCCAAAGCAAGACUAAGUCAUGUUUCCCAUAUGGCUGUGAAGACCUCAGGACUGUACAUUUCAUCCAGCAAACUAAAUGAUUAUGAUCUUUGUUAUUAUAAAGAGAUUUUCUUGGUGCACAGAUUCCUCCCAGCUCAUCCCAGCUGAUACAAUCCAGUAACGCAACAACAGCUCUAAAUUCUACAGAGCUUAAAAUGUUCAGUUUGUCAAAGCAAUGUUAAUUCAUCUGUAUGUUCAUUAUUGGUAUUGAAGUUUAUGGUGGUGUUAUACUGGAAUACAUGAUAUAAUAAGGUAUUUGUCUUAUUCUUGAUGCUUCAUGUUUGUAUGUUAAUUAUGUGGACAAACUAUUAAA